AUGUCUAUGACCGUCAAAGCCUAUCUCCUUGGAAAGGAGGACGCACCGAAAGAAAUUCGUCGCAUUGCUGUCGACCAAGAUGUUUCAACGAGUUUUGAGUAUCUGAAAAAAAAGGUUGAGGAUGUUUUCUCAACCCUGCGAAAUGUCACCUACCAAAUGUUUUACAAAGGUAAGCCUAUACUAGUGUAUGAUUUUAACGUAGGCCUAUACUGUAGUAUCAUCGAUUGUGUUUAUUAUGUUUUCAUAUCUGAAUAUUCCUGUUGGUGUUUGGCUGUAAUCUUCCAUAAUAUUGUCGGGCGCGCGCAGCGCAGUGCGCACUGAAACAACUAGCUACUGAUUAAUGUCGACGCAUAGACCAAAGUGUGUCAAAGUUGCAAUAAAUUCAAUAAUCUGCUGACCAAAAUAGAGCUCAACAUGACAAUUUGUCUUUAUGCACCAUAUUGCACUAGAUCAAUCUGAUAGAGCUGGUACACAGAGCGUUAUUACAUGCCUGCAUUUAACAGCAUUUCAUGGUGAAUGUCAGAUAGAAAUUGAGUGAGUAGGCCCUGUUUCAUGUAUGUCAUACAUGCAAUGAUGUAGAUGUAGUAAAUAAAUACAAAAAGUCAAUUACCAAUUAUAGCCUUAAUUCUUCAAUAGGCUAAGGCUGUUUUACUACGUUUCACUGAACUAGCCCUGCCUGCACACCUGUCAGUUCAUAGUGGACAAAACAUCCAUUAAUUAUAACAUGGGAUACAGUGGUGGGGGCACAUAUGUUUUUUAUAAGCCAGUGUUUAGGCUUUUAAGAUUGGAAAGGGGGGUCUCUUGCCGUAACUUAGCAACAGAUGGCAUUAACCCAGGGGAAAAAAACAAUACAAUUCUAUAAGAGCUCUACUCCCAAUAAGCCUCCUCAACCCAAGGGAAUCAGAAGUGACCUAUUUCAUACAGUAAUAUUAUUCACUGGUACCACAUCACAAAAUUGACGUUUUCCAUAUUGGGCAUCAGGGCUGGGGUCAAUUUCAUUACAACGCAGUCAAACCAGGAAGUCAAUUGUAAUUCAAUAUAUGAAUUGAAAAGACUUCAUUGCUAAAAAAUUGGGCAUUUUCAAAAACGGACUUUGAAAUUGACAACCCUGUUGGUCUUAGCACAACACCUUUUGAAGGAACAAUAUUCCCUAAACUAACCAUUGUGCUUCAUGUACUUAUUGUGAUCGAGAUGUAGUUGUCCCUGAUUGCACUGACUUUGCUCACAGCUGCUUGUUUGAAGAAGUGUACUUACUGUGAUCAAGAUGUGGUUGUCCCACUGGUUAUCAUAAGUUGAAUGCACCAAUUUGUAAGUCGCUCUGGUUAAGAGCGUCUGCUAAAUAACUUAAAUGUAAAUAAAAAAGCUAGUGAGGAUAAGCUGUGGACAGAUGUCCUUACUUGUGAACUCUGGCAGCUAUUAUGUAAUUAUCUGGCUGAGAUAAAGAGGAGCUGACAGGAAACAAUGGCUUAGUGAAUUAGAUGUGACGACUUCUUUGUUUAUUUUCUACCCAGAUGAAGACGGUGAUAUGAUCGCCUUUUCCACUGACGAUGAGCUUAUCAUGGGCCUCACCUGCAUCAAGGACUACACCUUCCGCCUCUUCAUCAAGGGUGAGUCUUUUGUGAUCAAAUCUAAUAGAUAAAAAUGAAUAGAAUUGUUACUAAUGUGGAAUGUAUUAAGUAAUCAUUACCUUUACUAGAAUAACUUAGCAUUCUCAUUGUUACUGACACAUUGUAGUUCAUAAGUACACCCGCCACACCCGUUGCUGACAGGUGUAUAAAAUUGAGCACAGUCAUGCAAUCUCCAUAGACAAACAUUGGCAAUAGAAUGGCCAUACUGAAGAGCUCAGUGACUUUCAACAUGGCACCGUCAUAGGAUGCCACGUUUCCAACAAGUCAGUUUGUCAAAUUUCGGCCCUGCUAGAGCUGCCCCGGUCAACUAAGUGCUGUUAUUGUGAAGUGGAAACGUGUAGGAGCAACAAUGGCUCAGCCGCGACGUCGUAGGCCACACAAGCUCACAGAACAGGACCGCAGAGUGCUGAAGCACGUAGCGCAUACAAAUUGUCUGUCCUCUGUUGCAACACUCACUACCGAGUUCCAAACUGCCUCUGGUAGCAACUUCACCACAAUAACUGUUAGUCGGGAGCUUCAUAAAAUGGGUUUCCAUGGCCGAGCAGCCGCAUACAAGCUUAAGAUCACCAUGUGCAAUGCCAAGCGUCGGCUGGAGUGGUGUAAAGAUCACCGCCAUUGGACUCUGGCGCAGUGGAAACGAGUUCUCUGGAGUGAUGAAUCACGCUUCACUAUUUGGCAGUCUGACAGACUAAUCUGGGUUUGGCGGAUGCCAGGAGAAUGCUACCUGCCCGAAUGCAUAGUGCCAACUGUAAAGUUUGGAUGAGGAAUAAUGGUCUGGGGCAGUGUUUUAUGGUUCGGGCUAGGCCCCUUAGUUCCAGUGAAGGGAAAUCUUAAUGCUACAGCAUACAAUGACAUUCUAGACAAUUCUGUGCUUCCAACUUUGUGGCAACAGUUUGAGGAAAGCCCUUUCCUGUUUCAGCAUGACAAUGCCCCCGUGCACAAAGCGAGGUCCAUACAGAAAUGGUUUGUCGAGAUUGGCGUGGAAGAACUUGACUGGCCUGCACAGAGCUCUGACCUCAACCCCAUCGAACACCUUUGGGAUAAAUUGGAACACUGACUGCGAGCCAGGCCUAAUCGCCCAACAGCAGUGCCCGACCUCACUCAUGCUCUUGUGGCUGAAUGGAAGCAAGUCCCCUCAGCAAUGUUCCAACAUCUAGUGCAGGGAUCAUCAACUAGAUUCAGCCUUGGGACGCUUUUCUUUCUUGAGAGGCUGGUCAGGGGGCCGGAGCAUAAUAACAAUUUGUAGCCUGCAAGUUGACCGCAAGAUGCCCAAACAGAUAUAAUGUUUGACUAAAACAUAAUCAUUUCAAACCUUGCUUACAUUUGUAUACGAUCAUGUGUAGGAAUACUUGGGAACAGAUUUCUUAAAUUAAAACCACUUGGAGCUGAUUUCCUGGUGUUUUUUAGUAUUUUACGUCCAACAAUGAACAUUUCCAUAAAAAAAAGAAAUACACUUUUGUUGGGUAACCCUGAUCUAGUGGAAAGCCUUCCCAGAAGAGUGGAGGCUGUUAUAGCAGCAAAGGGGGGACCAACUCCAUAUUAAUGCCCAUGAUUCUGGAAUGAGAUGUUCGACGAGCAGGUGUCUACAUACUUUUGGUCAUGUAGUGUACUUGCUUUUCUUUACAGAGAAGAAGGCGCACAGGCGUGAGUUCCCUGCUUUUGCCUUCCCCGGCGGUGUCCCCCCUUUCGCCUUCCUCCCUCCCCCUGGAGCACCCCAUACGGGACCUCCCCCACCCCAUGGUCACGGCCCCCAUGGUCACGGCCCCCACGGGCCCCCCAUGGUGCACCCCAACGUGACCUGUGACGAAUGUGAGGGCUCUGUGGCGGGGACCCGUUUCAAGUGCACCGUGUGCCCUGACUAUGACCUGUGCUCCACGUGCCAAGCCAAGGGGCUCCACAAGGAGCACGUCCUCAUGCCCAUCUGGCACCCCUUCAGCAACGCAUUCGAGGUGAGACACACAUCUUAUGUUUAUGACUUGUGUUUCUAAGUGGAUAUAUACACAUAUCUGAGCAAUUUUAAAACUCCAUUGAAAGUGUUUUUUUGUCCAGGAACAAAAAGGGGCGUAUGAAUGUGUGGUUAGGGAGAGAGAAAUGGCCUCUAUAGUUGUUCUUCUACUCACAGUGGUGCCCUCGUGGGGGGAAGUGGAUGCGGAAGAUGAGGCACUGCAUGUGGGCUCAGGCCCAAAGCCAGUCCCAGCCUGGUCCCUCUGUGUCCCAGCCAGGCCAGGCGGUCCCGGGGGACAGACAGCCCUCUGAUGCCUCAUCUGCUGCCUCCCAGCAGUCUCAAGCCAAUAUGGAUUACCUGAAGAACAUUGGAGAAGGGGUGGCAGCCAUGCUUAGCCCACUGGGUAAGACCAAGAGAAAAGCCCCAUUAUAAUAGUUUCAUAAUUAUUAUCAAUCCAUUAUUUGAAAUGUACUGACUACUCUAAAUUUAAAUACACUGAAAUUGCUUACUUACCCUCUAUGUUGCCUGCAGGUAUCGAUGUAGAUAUUGAUGUGGAGCACGAGGUGAAGAGGACCAAGGUGAUGACCACCAAUCCAACCCCACUUGGGUCAGGAGGCCCCCCCAGUGCUAGGAGCGACAACGGGUCAGAGGGAGCAGGGGCUAAAGAGGGGGACAUGGACGUGGACGGGCUGAGCAGCCUGGGGAGCACCAGUGAUUUGGCUACGGUAUGAUGCACACAUCAGAAAAGUUUAAAUCACAAUGUUUCAUUAUAAUGAAUAAUUAAUCACAAGUAAUGGUGAAGAAUAAAAUACAAUGGCCUCUCUGAGAUGGUAUGUGUUGUUGAACUCUAUGAAUCUCUCUGUGCAGGGUGGUAAAGACGCAGGGGGCAGUGGUGACGAGGAGUGGACCCACCUGACCUCCAAGGAGGUGGACCCCUCUACAGGGGAGCUCCAGUCUCUCAGGGCAGGCAAGGAGGGCUCUCUGGAAGUCCCAGAGUCCCCUACUGUCCCCCAGGGUCCCUCACAGGAACCACAGAAGUCACUCACUCUCGCUGAGGCCGCAGCCUACCCCCACCUUCCUCAAGGUAAGAUAGUUAGAGAAUGAGAAUUCUCUUAUCACUAGGAGCAGUUGUUGUGGUGAUAUCCUUAUCCUCACUAGUAGUAGUAGUUGUGACAGGCAAUGGUAGUUAUAUCCCCAUUUAGUAGUAGGCAUCAUGGUACUUAUGAUAUCCCUGAUUACUAGUAGAAUUGCCUACACCAGAGACUGACCCUCCACUGUGUCCUGUUUGUGUCUAGAUGCCGAUCCACGCCUGGUGGAGUCCCUGUCCCAGAUGCUGUCCAUGGGCUUCACAGAUGAGGGUGGCUGGCUCACCCGCCUCCUCCACACUAAGGACUGCGACGUCGGGGCCGCCCUGGACACCAUCCACUACUCCAAAUCCCAACAGAAGUAA